AGCAGCUAAGACAGUGAUGAAGAUUUCAAGGGACCGUGUCCUGGCACUGCUGCCACUGCUGAUCCUAGCCUUGCUUGGUUCCUGCCAGGCCCAGAGCACCUGCACCGGACCUUCGGCCAUCCCUGGCAUCCCAGGCAUCCCUGGAAUACCUGGCACCGACGGCAAACCUGGAACCCCAGGGAUAAAGGGAGAUCAAGGGUUGCCAGGAUUAGCUGGAGACCAUGGAGAACUUGGAGAGAAGGGGGAUGUAGGAAAUCCAGGAAAUCCAGGAAAAGUUGGUCCCAAGGGCCCCGUUGGCCCCAAAGGUUCCCCAGGGCCCCCUGGACCCUUUGGCCUUAAGGGUGAAUCCGGAGACUACAAGGCCACUCAGAAAAUCGCCUUCUCGGCCAAGCGAACCAUCAACAGCAUUCUGCGUAAGGACCAGGUCAUCCGCUUCGACCAGAUGAUCACCAACGAGAAUGCCAACUAUGAACCCCGCAGUGGCAAGUUUACCUGCACUGUGCCCGGCCUCUACUACUUCACUUACCAUGCCAGCUCACGGGGGAACCUGUGUGUGAACCUUCUCCACGGUAUCAAUCCCAUGAAGAAAGUGGUCACUUUCUGUGACUAUGUCCAAAGCUCCUUCCAGGUCACCACGGGGGGCGUGGUCCUCAAGCUGGGCCUCCGGGAGCAGGUGUAUCUGCAAGCCACCGAGAAAAAUUCCCUAGUGGCCAUGGAGGGGGCCAACAGUGUCUUCUCUGGCUUUCUUCUCUUCCCGGAUGCAGAUGCAUGACCCACGGGGCCCAUUCAAUCCACAAUGCUCACUUCCGCCCUCCAAGUAGACCCCAUUGCCUUCCCCCCAAAGCCUGUAGAGGGGCUCCUGAUGAAUAGCUGAAUGGAUGAGGAAAUAAACUCUUGAAGGUCAAGGA